GACUGGAACCAAGCCAAAAUCGUCGAAUCUCCAAGGUUCCGAGCAAAAGGAUGCCACAAGGACCCCAGCCCCUCCAGUUCUCACAUCAGAACCCCUCCGGUUGCCAAUAGAUUUGCAGCUUAAAAUGCUCGAAGAAGAGCGGGCGAUCGAAAGAAAUUAUCUCUAUCGAAAGUACCAGUUAAUGAUGGAGGCAUCUAGGACGGCAAAUCAACCCAUAAACGCACCUUCCGACGACAGUUUUCAUGUUCCACCCUGUCAUUCUUCUCCGCUACGGGCGGCUCCACCCACCGCGCCUGAGCUCCACGUCCUUGAAGGAACAAGAGGAGCAAACGAGACAGCGCUGCUAAAUUCAAGCCAAAUAGCUGCUCGUCAUGCAGUGGCGAAAGAGCUUCCCGUCUACAGUGGUGAACCGGAAGAAUGGCCGCUUUUUAUCGCUACGUAUGAAAAUACGACCAAGCUCUGUGGAUUUACGCCGGAAGAAAAUAUGGUACGGCUACAACGAUGUCUUCGUGGCAAAGCACUGGAAGCAGUCAAGUGCCAGCUGUUACAUCCAGCUAAUUUGGAACAUGCACUCUCUACACUGAAAAUGCUUUUCGGGCGCCCGGAGAUUAUAGUGCACAGCUUUAUCGAAAAAAUCAACAAACUCCCAGCACCCAAAGCAGAUAAACUAAAUACUCUCAUAGACUUUGCAAUCGCCGUUCGAAACAUGGUUGCCACAGUAACGGCAUGUCACCUAGAGGAUCAUCUUUACAAUGUUACCCUUCUCCAAAAUCUAGUAGAACGGCUACCAACUAUGGUAAAAUUGAACUGGGCUACACACCGCGAUCGACCAAUGGUCUUAAGCCGCUUGUGCCGUUCGACGAUAGUGCCGCAGCUCUAAAGCAAUCGUUCAAGACAUCACAGAUUUUGGCUAACUUUGGCAGACGCUGGAUUAACGAGUACAUACCCG